CGAUUCACGGAUCUACAGUCGCCACACAAACAAGAAAUGUACGGUCGGUGAUUUGGAGCGUGACCAGACCUACAGCCUGUAUAGAGGCUCCUACAGAGCGACGGAUAAGCUGGAGCAGUGAGGAUUCCAGGUUCCAUCCAGGUCCAUUCACACUGACUUUGGGAAGUCAAAUCACUGUUGUUCUCUAUCUGCAUGCAAAUACAUUGACCAGCACCACAUAAACGCUCGCUAGGCGCUGAAAUACAGUCAUAAGUCUCCAGUAAGUGGCACUGGGACGAGCGACCAUGUGCGGGAUUUCUGCUGUAGCUCUCCUGCUGUGCUUCAUAUCAGCGCAGUGCGGUUCUCCAGAUGCUUCAAGGCUAGUAGAGCACACAGCUCAGAGCUUCAGAGACGCUGUGCUGUCCGGGAAAACCUCCUUCAUCUACUUCGGCAAACACGUUAAUCCAGCCAUUAAAGCCUUUAUAGAGCAGCUGGAGAUGUCUGCACAUGCCUUAGAGGACUAUGGGAUAGUGGUUGGUAAGGUGAAUUGUUCCAAAGACAGUGUGGAAAAGUACUGCACCGGAGAAGAAGUGAUGAAAAAGACGUAUUUAUUCAGAGGUGCUGAUGUCUUGAGAAGUUUUGAUAUUGACACCGUUUUCGACGUCAACGCCAUCGUUUCUCACGUGCUGUUCUCUGUGCUCUUCACUGAGGUUCGUUAUGUACACACUCCUGCGGAGCUGCUCGCUGUGGAGAGGGCCGCCAAGGGAAAGAUGGACAUUGUGAUGGGCCACAUUCAGGUGCUCGGUCUUCCAGAACAUCGAGCUUUAAUGGAGGCAGCGUUUGUGUAUGGAGCCAAGUACCAGUUUGUGCAGACCACCGGAGCCCCUCUACUCAAACACCUGGGAGUCGCUGAUCCGACAUCAGUUCAGGCUCGUCUCUGGUUCCUCCACUGCAGAGGAGUGGCCCACCGCUCUGAGCCGUGUCCACACACACUGAUGAGAAAACCGCUGACCACCAUCAACAUUCACACCUUCCUUCAGCUGAUGGAGGCGCCACUCUUGACAGAGGCAGCUGUGGACCCCGAUGAAGUGAAGGUGGUCUAUAAUCACCUGAACGUUCCUCUGCUGUUCCUGUUCACUCAGUCUGAAACGCUGCAGCUGGACCGAGACACGGCCGAGUCUGUGGCCCGGAGGCUCCGGGGGGAGGUGGGGGUGGUGCUCAUCCACAGGGACAGCCACAGAGUUAAAACUCCGCUGAAGCAUAACGCUGCGUAUCGGCUGCCGCAGGAGGAAGUGCGGUAUUUCAGCCUGAAGAAGGUCGAGGAGCUUAUUGACCUGUUCAGAGAACAACUUUUUCAAGGGACAGAGGAAGAGGAGGAGGAGGAGGAGGAGGAGGAAGAGGAGGAACAAGAUGAUCGAUGGUCCAGUUUAGAUGUUUUGGAUGAUGAGGUGGCGGAGUCUGUGUACAGAGACCGAGGAGUAAUGCUGGACACAGAAGCGGUCACAAAACUCACAGCUGAAACUUUCAGCGCUGCAGUGACACAGAAUGGCCUCAUGGUGGUGCUGUUCUACGUGAAAUGGGACGCUGUGUGCGUGGCUUUUCUGCAGUCAUAUGUAGAAGUUGAUGAUGCGCUUGACGAUGUGAGUGGUAUAGAGUUGGCCUAUGUAGACUGUGGUGAGUGGACGGUUGUCUGCAGUGACCAGAACAUUACGUCUUUCCCUUCCGUUCUGCUGUAUCGCCCCAGUGAGGUUCCCCAGCGUUACAGAGGCAUGCUGGGAACUGGCAGCCUCCACAGGUUCCUCCUGCUUUCUCAGGUGCCGAGCCCCACGUCUCUGUCCUCCUCAGCGGAGGUUCUGUCCUUCCUGGAAGGAGAUCUCUACAACACCAACUCCGCUCUCUCCCCUGUCCGUGUGCUCGGCCUUUACUCGCCCGCAGACACAGAUGUGGUCGUCUUUGAAGAGGCUGCAAAGUCACUGAGAGGAGAAACACUUCUGGGACUGUUUGUACAUGAAGAGGCAGAGAGAUGGGCUGAAGAGCACUCUGUGACGCUGCCUGCUCUCCUGGUCUCUCGUGGGCCUGGGAUUCUGCGUGAAGCUCAUUCCCUUCAUUCAUCCACACCACAGGAGCUGAUCUCAUACAUACAAAGCACCACACUGGAUCCAUUUCCUGAGCUGACCGUGGAGAACCUCCCGUGGUAUUUGGAGCUGGAGAAGCCGCUGCUGCUGCUGUUUGUCGGGGCAGAGGAGAGUACAGAGACUGACCAGUCAUUGAAGGAGAUCCAAAAAGCACAAAGCACCAGACAGCUGGACUCAUCACUGCCCUGCUGGAUCCACCUGGGUCGAACUCCUGCUGGACGGUCAGUUCUAGAGGCCUAUCUCGGGUUUGUUCCUCCACUACCUGCUUUGGUGCUCUCACAGCUGGCCACUGGAGGAGAGGUGUUUCACUUCCCACCAGAGCGCCCCCUGCUGGCCGGGACCAUCGUCCAGUGGCUGAAGAGAAUAGACGAUGGCCAGGAGCAGCCUGCAGGUGUGGUCUCAGAUGCCGUGUGGGGUCCCCCUGUGCCCUUCUACGACUUCCUGGCUGUUAUGGACGAAGAAGCGCCUGGGUACGCGGCUCAGCGGAGCCCUAAAACAAAGCCUGGGGGCAAGAGAGGGUCAGAGAGGGGGCAGGAGAGGAAUCCAGCUGGACGAGGAGAAACAGAAACAGCUUUUAACCCUCAAACACCUCCUGCUCACACUGAACUCUAGAGUCAAACCGUCAAGCCUCUCUCACUGAACUCUAACAGACUUAAGUCCUGUUGGAACAGGAUCAUUUUACACAGGGAGGUGGGAUAAUGGAGUUAUUACUGGUGAGUUGAGUCCCGAAGCCUCUGAAGAGUCUGGUUGUUUACACUUCAUUAGGCUGAAACACCUGGGGAACAGAGCAGGGCAGUUACUGUAGGAAAGUUUCUGUACUCGAGCUGGAAGUUUUCUAAGAGAAGGACAGACGUUCUCAACAGAAAAAUUCCGAUUGUGUUUUUUUGGGGGGAAAAAAAAGUUUUCCUAUUUCAAGUUUCUAAUAGUUUAUAUAAAAUGGAAUGUUUACACGGUGUACAGAGCGGCCGAGUUUUAAAAAAAUGAUAUAAAAUUCACCCAUCUUAAUCAAUAAUGCCACAUGCAUGAGCCGCGUGCGUCAUGAAUGACAAACAAACUAACCAGCAGAACAUCCUUCGUCACCAGGAUAAUUUGCUCUGAACCCCUCUCAGCUGUUCGUUAUUAGAACGACAUUAAACUGGAAAAGGCUCGGAUGCUUUUGCAGCAUUUACUGGCUUCAGGUUUGGCGCUGCUGCCGCACUGACUCUGAGCACGAGUUCUGAUCCGACACUCGCACUGAGGUCGAAAGGCCAUGAAACAUAUAAAAGUGGCUCAGAUGUGAUUUGAAAACAUCAGUUCUGUGUCACGUUAAGGCAAAAAGAAAAUCAGAUAUAUGUCACGUCAGCCUGGCAGUGUGAACGUCACCUGAAGGCAGGUUGCACUUUACAAUAAUCCCGGGGUUUCGGUCGUGAUUUUUCUGUUGUGCCCGUCGUAUUUGGGACCGUAUUUCUGGCUUUGCCGCUCCACACGGACGUAACUAGAGGUGAAAGGUGGCUAAAACUACUCUCCUUACUUUGGAAGAGAAAAACGUGACCUUGACAGAGUCGAUAAAACAGGCUGUGAUCCUUACAGUUUCCCCUGAGCUCCUGGCCGACUUAAACUGGUGGGAAAGCGCCCAAAUUUGUGUGUUCCUGACAUACUCAGCCCCUCCCCCUGUUCUGGAGAGUCACUCAGAGCAUUUAAAAGCACAGAAGCCCACCGGCUCUUCAUGUCAGGGUGGGUAAAGGAUCCCAUGGUGUUUCAUAAAGAGGAGAAAACACUGUCAUCAUAGGAGGGAAACGACGCCAGCUAAUUCACACAGGUUCAUUCGUUUACGGCCUUUGGCUGAGGCUCUUAUCCAGAGCGACUUACAACGUGAUCAUUUUACACAGGCAGGUGAAGGUGCUGUUAGGAGUCUUGCCCAAGGGCUCUCGUUGUUAUAGUGUAGGUGCUUGUCCAGGUGGGGGAUUGAACUCCAGUCUGCAGCAUAGAAGGCACAGGUGUGUUACCCACUACGCUGUCCCAACCAACCAGAUGUGAACAGCACCGGCCUUUAGAUCACUUUAUCUAAUGUUAAGAGCCAAGAGAUGAACAGUCGUCCCCCUAACGGAGCUGCAGACAGACAGCCGGUAUAACUUUACUGUGUUUCUGGAGAAACAUGAACGUUACACAUCAGACUGAAUGUCGUGGCUCGGAAAACCACGUCGUGUUUCGACAGACGUGAUUCUGUAAGUUUGCUGGUGCAGUUAGUUCAGAGUUCAGCUCCAGUCCUGAAACCCCUGAACUGCAUAACUGGUUAAAAUACCUGAUAUUAUCAGCUGAUUAAUCCCGUCUGGAGCUGAACGAGGUGAGAACAGCAGAGAGAAACACUGAACUGUACAGUGCAGAGGCUCCAGGCCUGGAGCCUGAAAACGCUGAAUUAAAGGUCUGUGUGUCUCUCGUCUCUCGGCUUCUGUCACGUCUUACAGGUGAAUCAGUCACAAAGCACAGCUGAUCGAAGGCGUGGCAGCGCAGUCACUCCCUGAUUCCGCCCUCAAGGUGGCGGCGCCUAUCCACAGUGAUGUGAAACGCAAGAAUAAAUCUUUUUAUGUGAUACUUGAUGUAAGUAUUUUGGUCAAAUGUAUGUUUUGGAUCACGUCUGUGUUUCCAGGCCUCAUUUUUGCCAGUAGUUCAGGGAACUCCACGCGCAGUCUGUACUGGUCCGUGAUUAGGAGCAGCACGUGUGCAUCAUCAGCAUAUGGAUCGUAUAUGUACUGACGAGGGUUUUGGUUUUACUGAUUGAGUCCUUACCUCUUUCCCACAAUUCCCUCUCUGUGAUGUUCUCCUCCUGCCAUGGAAACAGUGACAUCAUGCCUGUGCUAAUUACAGUCCUUAUUAAACCUGUGCUCAGUCUCCUGCGCUGCUGCUACAGCUCAGGACAACAAA